AUUCGUGUGCUCUCCCAUUCUCUAUGAAUUCAACAGAGGCUGGUGGAUAAAAAACAGAGCUAGGAAUGGCAUAAAGUACUACCAAGUGCACCUAUUUCUCGACCACUAUGCCAAAAGUCUAGGAUUUUUCAAGAAGAUGCUUGUAAUAUUCUUUGGUGCUCUCAGUAGUUGCAAUAUAUUCUCAUGCCACUUUUGUAGGUACCUGCCAUGCAGUUCUGACUUGUGAGGAUAUGCGGACCCUCAAGGUUGAACACGGCCUGCUUUUCUUCGGUGAAAGGAAAGAGGCAUCUUUGCGUUGAUGGAAAGCUACAGGCAAAUUGGCUUCUGGAUCGUUCAAAUGCUGAAUAUCAUGCCAAUAUGCCAUCAAUCAAUCUACUAAGGCAGCUGCAUAACUGUUGUGCACGUGGAGAGCUUUGGGCUGCUAUAAGUAGAGCACCAGAAGCACCGGCUCCAACACCAUUCAUCGGAGAUUCAGAAGCCUUCAACUUCAAGUCCUUGCAUUUUGAAGAUCUUGAUGACACUUUGUAUCCCUUCAGCGUUGGCAUCAAUCUAGCUUGUCGCAAAAACAUACAAGAUUACAUGCGGCACCAUCUGCAUAUUGAAGAAAGCCAUAUUGCAGAUAUGUGCCUGGACCUGUACAAGGAAUAUGGCACCACAAUGGCUGGCCUUAAGGCAUUAGGCUAUGAAUUUGAUAACGAUGAGUUUCAUGCAACUGUUCAUGGUACCUUGCCAUAUCACAAUCUGAGGCCUGACCCUGUUUUGAGGACCCUCCUACUUUCAAUUCCACAGAGAAAAAUAGUAUUCACAAAUUCUGACAAAGCUCAUGCGGAGGAAGCUCUGCAUAGACUGGGUUUACAGGGUUGCUUCGAUGGUGUGAUUUGCUUUGAGACACUGAAUCCUUACGAUGGUCUGAGUGAGUUCCGGAACAGCAUGCUGUUCCCAGAUGAAACAUCUCCCAACUUGGUUGACCUGAAUGAAUCAGAUGGGUUCAGACCCAUAUCGCCUAUCCUCUGCAAGCCCUCCAUUGAAGCCAUGGAAGCUGUAAUUCGGAUUGCAAAUGUUGAUCCCAAGAAAACAAUAUUUUUUGACGAUAGCACUCGGAACAUAGCUUCAGGAAAGGCUGCAGGCUUCCAUACUGUGAUUGUUGGCAGACCGACACUUGUUCCGGGGGCUGACCAUGCUUUGGAGAGCAUUCAAAACAUGAAGGAAGCUUUACCUGAGAUAUGGGAUGGUCAGGAUUGGUCUGAGUCUGAUGUUCUUUCUUCCACUGCUGUCGAAACCGUGGUGGUUGCUUGAAUGCGUAACCCUGUGGGUUAUCCAUCCUGUGCUUGAAUACCUACUACUUAUAGUUUUGAGUUUGGAUAGUGGAUGCAGAAGGUGCACCCUAGCUUCAUUGAUGAAGAGAUUGCACUCUUAGUUCCAAAUAUUAAUGGAACUGUAUCAGUUAGAGUAGUGUGAGCUGAUUGCUGAACAAGCAUAUGCAGGAAUUCUGCAGAUAUUCGCAUUCUUGGCGCACCAUUUUCUAUGUACCAUGUAACCAUGUUUGACUGUUUGUACUUGUACCUCAGAAUAAAGUGACAGUACUCUAAUUC